UGUCACUGUGUGUGCAAACUUUUGCUUUACUUGGAAUUUAGUACGUAACAUGGAUAAUCACAGGCGUAGGAUAAGUUACGCAUAUCAAAAGUAGUUAUCAGAUUUGUCAUUGAACAAGAAUGUGUGCGUGUAACGUCGAUUCGUAAUUUUUGAGCGAGUGGACAUUUUUGUGAAACAGAAGAUAAAGUGCAAGAUUGGUUGUGGAGUGGAGAAAGUGCUGGAAAAAGUUGAGAUUUUUAGUUUGUAGCCUGCCAGAGUCAGACGGCAACCAACAAGAAAUAUUUACCACCACAGUUAAACUAAUAAACAUUAAAUUAAAAACAGUAGUUAGUAAAUAACAAUCAUGUCAGGCCAUUACACUUCGUACGGCAGUCCGAACUAUCCUCCUCCAGGGGGAGGAGGAAAGAGAGGUACCCCCCAAAAAAAUAUCGGCUUUUCCACCAUGCCGCAGCCGCACCAACAGCCAGCUUACGCCACGACUUUGCCGAGCAGGAAUUUUCGUAGUCCGGUAGCAAUGAAUAAUGGUUCAGUGUCGCCAGGUCAUGGCGGUGGUGGUGGAGGUCAUCCUGCUGGUGGAUUUUUGUAUAACACUGUAGGUCGAAGUGAUGGGAUGGGCUGGGUUACAAGCUCAUUUAGGGGUAGUCGUAGUGGGGGUGGUGGUGGUGGGGGCAGAGUAGAAGUUGUCGACGGUUUGGUGAUGAACAGAUUUCAGAGUAUGCGACGACAUCCAUCAACUCAUCAGCAACAGCAGCAGCAAAUUUACAGUAGAGGAGGAGGAGGUCAAAGUCAAGUAAUGAAUUCCGAAUUUUAUAGAAGUCCGUCGGCGUCAUCGCCAGGGACGACGAGGUCGCCGGGAUACGGGUCGUCGAUAUCAAGGGACGAUAGUUUCGAGGCGGACGUUGACGUUGACAUCCCACCGGCGUACGACAUGUCGUCGUCGUAUAAUAACAAUAGCUACUCGUCACAACAUCCGCCAGCAAUUCCGGAAAAUCCUCCCACCCCGAGACGACCCCCGCCGGAUAAUAAGACGAGUUUGCUAUUGUCGAGGGAGGAGAAUCAAGUGAUUUUUGAUAUAUUGGGGAAAGGGCGUCAGACUUUAGCAUCCGCAGUUGCCCAAUUAUUAGUGCCAACGCCGGACCAAUCGAGAUGGCAAAUUAAAGAGACUGGAGUUGCGUGUCUGGUUCGAGACACGACUAAAAAAUCGUAUUUUAUCCAAGUAUUCUCUCUCGGGACAAGGAGCAUGGUGUUUCGUCAAGAGAUUUACAAUCAGUUUGAAUACAAUCUGCCAAAUCACUGUUUUCUUACAUUUGAAGGAGACAGUUCCACAGUCGGAAUUUUAUUUGCCGAUCCUACCGAAGCUGGUCUAUUUCGAGAGGGGUUGGACAGCAAAUUGGAAGCCAAACGACAACGACGCAACGAACGUGAACACCGUCGAUCAAGACUAAUCCCUGACAAUCAUGGUCCACCUUAUCCACAAAGUCAAUCGCAUAAUAAUCAACCACAACCUCAUCCGCAGAAACAGGUUCCUUCAAUGACCAACGGGGUAUCAACUGUUAGCACAACUUACAAUUUUCCCACAAAGCCAAACUCUAAUAAAGCGAAGACAAACAAUAAGAAAGACAAGAAUAAGAAACCGACCCUUAGAAAGGAAGACAUUGGCCAACCGAUGGACUUUCGUCAUGUUCAACAUGUUGGCUGGGAUCCCAACAAAGGAUUCGAUCUGAAUGGGGUUGACAGCGAUCUUCGCGUCUUUUUCGAGAAAGCUGGUGUUUCUUCAGAUGUUCUUCAAGACGAAAAUACUCGACAAUUUAUUUACAAUUUCAUCGAACAGAAUGGUGGUUUGGAGCAGAUUCGCAAUACGUCACGCCCAGCAGCUCCUUUUCCUCCACCAGCCAUCAUUAGCAAUCCCAACCCCCCACCUCCGCCAGUUCCUAACCGAACGGUUCAAGCACUGAAGCCAGCAGCGCCCCCACCUCCCCCAUCUCGACCAGUACCACCAGUGCCCGGAUACAAUCAAGGAGUUCCUCCACCACCCCCACCUAUGAGAACAUCAUCGUCAAACGUUGUCGAAAAGUCACCGUCGCAUCAAGUUAGCAGUCCCAACUUACAAAACAGCGGUCCGGCACGGCCACCCCCACCGACCUUUGCUAAUAGUAAUCCUAAACAGCCGAGUCACUCUAACGGUCCAAUUCCUCCACCCCCACCACCUCCUCCUCCCAUGCCGGUCGCCGGAAUGCCACCACCCCCUCCACCUCCUCCGAUGGGAAUGCCAAAUGCACCACCUUCUCAGUCAAACAGUAACGGUGCUCAUAAUAACGCACCAAAGUCAUCUCCACCGGUCAUGGAUGAUAGAUCCAAUCUUUUGGCACAAAUUCAAAAGGGAGUUAACUUGAAGAAAGUGGAUCCUUCGGAUACACCUCCUAAACGUAGCGCUGGAGGAUUAGCCGAUUGUCUUAACCAAAUUCAAACUGGUGUUGCCUUAAAACCUGUUCAACAGACGCAGAAAGAACCCCAAACAACGGAUACGAUGGAUGGACUUGCUGGUGCCCUGGCUCGUGCACUUGCUGAGCGAUCGAAAGCCAUAAAUCCAGAUUCGAGUUCGGAAGAGGAAGAAGAAGCGGAGGAUGAUGAAUGGGAUUAAUAAGCACAAAAAUGUCACAAAUCUUCCCAGAACUAUCUGCCAUUUAAUAAUACGAUUGAGGCUGACCAAUAGAGACAUUGAAUAAUAUCCACAAAUUAACUACCCUACCUCAAUUAAGCGUCGCCCUUACAUAAAUCAAGAUAACCGGAUUAACAUGCACGUUACAGUAGAUUUGUUGACAUAUGUACAAUUCUGACAUUUUUUAAAAAGAAUUGAUCCACCCAUCUCGAGUAUAUUAUAACUUUGGUGCGUACACACAGCAGGUCAAGAAACUCGUCAACUUGAAUCUUUCAUUUAAAAAUUCCAAUCCUAAAUUGAAUGGGUAUUUAUAACGAAUUAGUUAACAGUUUACGAAAAAACAGUGAUGUUAACCAUAAUAAUCUUUAAAUGUGGUAGAAAAGUAGGUAGGAAAGCCAAUAACGAUUUAGUCAUAAUAUUUUUUCUUGCUUUUUAAUUAGUUCGUGUUUCUUUUUUAAAAUUACGUUUUUUCUGAAAAAGAAACACAUACAUAUCUAACCUGAAUAAUAAAAAUGUAACAGUAUACAAAAUUAAAUAUCAAGAAGAGUUUAGCUCCUCGUAAGGACAUAUGCAAUAAUAAAAAUAGUCCGUCGUCAGAUAAACUUACUCUAAAUUAUUACUAGCAGAAGAGUCGAUAAGUAAUAAAGCUGAUAUGCAGACAUGAGAAUCAAUAAUAGAAUAGAAUGUUGCGUUGUUUUAAAAUAUUGACAUCUUUUUGUCACCGAAAAAAAAUACAUGAAACUUGUGAUACUUGUACGUAGAUUGAGAUGAAAUUAAUAUUAUGUAAUGCCUCGUGUAGCAGCAUCAGUCAUGCAUCUUCUACCGAAUAAAAUAAAUAAUAGUAAUAAAACCGCUCA